CGAGAGCGAGCCUUUCUAAUUUGGACCGCUGCAAUGGUCGUCUUCAGGAAAGAGUCCAGACCCCUUGCAGAAGCUUUUCAAGCGAGGCCGUUGGGAAAAUCCAUUCAACGCAUUACCACCUGGUGUACACAUGCAAGAUCCACGCAAAAGAUCUCCAAGCAGGCGUAUCACAACGGUGUCGUUAUUGUGACAUGUUCGGGAUGCAAGAAUCACCACAUUAUCGCCGACAACUUGGGCUGGUUCACCGAUUUGGAAGGGAAAAGGAACAUUGAGGAGAUCUUGGCUGCCAAAGGAGAGACGGUGAGGAGGCUGGGAGGAACGGAUGCUCUCCAAGUUGUUCUGACCGAGUCAGGCCAGGAGAAAUGUCCUCCGUCGGAAACUGCAAACAAGGACACGGACAAAGAUACAUGAAUGUGUGAAUCAUCGAGUUUUCUUUUCUAUAGUGGUUGUCAUUGUUUGGAUGGCGGAUGAGCUUGUUGUCUAUUUGAGUCCAUUCAAGCCUUUGUUGAAGUGAACAUGGAUGUGAUGGAGGUAGCUGGAGAAAACCCACACAAGCACAGGAGGGAAUCAUUUGCCAACUCCAGGUUUGGACCCAGAACAUACUGUUAAGCACUGGACCACCCUGCUUCUUGACAUGUGAAGAAAUUGACUUUGACUUUUCUCAGGAUCAUUUUGUUCGGUUUAACAGAAAAGCAAAAAUAAAAUAAAACCGUAAACCCAAAAGAA